GCAAGUUUUUUUUUGGGAGUCUGAGGCCAAGUAGCGGGCGUGCCUGAUUGCUACCAGUGCGGUCCGUCUUCCACGGCCGCGCGGCCUCGCGAGAGACAAGGUUUGAAAAUUUUAGAGUGACCCAGCAAUCGAUUAUGGUGAAGACAGAGGCCACCAGCAAACGCAAAGCGGAGGACGAGGAGGCCAAGCCGACCCUCGUGAAGGUCGCCGGUUGCCCUUCGACGUCGGUGCUGGGCCUGACGGCGGCGACGGGGUGGGGAGGCGUCUGCUACGUUCCGUUUUCAACGCCCGCGCACGCGGCCGCGGCGGUCGAGCGCAUCAAUCGCGAGGUCGCCGGAGCGGUCGCCUCGGUCGUGGACGAGGCGCCGCCGGGCGUCGACAUGGCCGCGCCGAGCAAAAAGCCCCGCGGCGGGCCGGCCUCACUUCUCCUCAAAGGCAUCCCGUCGUCCUGGGAUUGGAAGUACGUGAAGGACCUCUGCCACAACAAGGACCCCACCGUCUAUCUCCCCGGACGGACGCCGGCGCCGCGGCGCGGGCGCGUCACUGUAGAAUUCGCCACGAUCGAGCAAGCGGAAGCCGCGGCGGCCCGGAUCAAUGGCGAUCUUCCCUCCGUCGUCCCGACCGCCGGCAUCACUGCAGAGAUUGUGUAAGAAGAGUAGUGACUG